UCACAGUCGCGUAUCGUCCCGCGAGAUGAAACCAUCUGAGGAUACCGCGAGACCACCCCAGCGACGAUACCGCCAGACCACCACCAUGGCGAAACCCGUAAUAUACAAAAGACAGAAUACGCAGAUUGCAAUUAAUGUCAAAUGCGAUUAUGACGAUGUAUACUUCACUCGGACACCGCCCUGGUUCCACAUAAACGUAGAAAUGCCAGGGUUUAAAGCUGAAGAUAUAGAUGUUAAAGUUGCACCACCACACGUUAUCAUCACGGCGUGUAAAAAGGACCCACGAGAUGACGCUAUACUGGAGUGCAAGUGGAUGCGCAGACGCGACGUCCAAUUAUCUAAGUUUAUGUGGCGCAGAGUACGACUAUGCCGAUCCAAGCUUGUUUGGACAGGUUUAUUGAUUAUCAGCCUCAAAAUGGACAAAAAAGAUUUGGGAUACCUGAAAAAGUGUAUGAAGAAAAUGCACGGUGCACUCGAGCAAAUUCAGAUAAGGUAUGGAUUCCGCGAACCUGAAAUAGGAACUUUAGUACGACUCGGUAAAACCGUCCUGGUAGAAGUAGAGCAUGACCCCAAACCAAAAAAGGUUGUCAUCAAAGACGCCUAUCGCGGUCGCCGCCACUCACAUCCUCCAGAUUAUACGCCUCCUCCUUGGGGCUUUGAAAAUAAGAAGUCGGAUGAAGUUGAUCAGGAUAUCAAGUCGAAGCCUGGGGAUACUGAAAAUGAAAUUUUGCUACAACCCAAAACUUUGCAGGCUGAUUUGGAGGCUGUAUCUCAAGAAGUGGAGACAAAACCUUUACCAUUCGAGCCUGUAGGGAUAUGGUCGAUGUGCGUGCAAAAUUUGCAAAACAUUAUGAUGAUGAGCCUAAAGAUUUGUAAGAAAGAUGAAUAAACUUCAUGUUUACUACAACGCGACCUAAAGAUCAUAGCUCAUUAGAGCCACUGGCACCCAACCGGCAUCACCUCGCGAUGUGCAAUUCAUAUAAACUUCUUUGAACAUACUACUUCAUAGCUUAGAACCUCGCUCGCAACCUAUCCACUCGUUGACGGUGAUCGUACGAACAAACUUGCCUUAUAAUGAUUGCGCGUUGCAAACGCACGGGUCCCAGUAAGCCAAGAAAUUAAUACCAAUCAUAAUGAAAUACUUCACUACCGAACGCUGCGAGACUCGCAAAUGUGGGAUACGAAGUUGACUUUGAGCCACAAAUCUUCAAAUGACAAGGAUUUUGUCGAUUGGACGUUGAAUGAUGAGGUGGUGCUGGUUGAUUGCCAAGUAGUUCCAAUAAGCUAUUACUAAACUUAAUAUACAUGUUAAUGUUUAUAAAUUUAUGUGUUAGCUGUGACGCCUAACUGUACGGGUGUCUACUCUUUUCGAAAUUAUUAUAGUAAAUAUAUAUUCACCUACGAGUAACAUAUUUUUAUUAAUCACAUAUUAUUAUUAUUUAAACGAAUAUAGAAUUAACGAAUAUAUUAUAAAUAAAACGAAUUAGGUAAUCUUGUCAUCUCGAAAAGAAGUUUAACAAAAUUUUGUAUUUACUUAGUUCUUUUGAUUUCGUUCGAUUACCAUUUUUAGCUUUGGUGUUGCUAGUUGACAUGUAUACGAAAUUGAGAUUCUAUGUAAUAAAUGUCAUCCGAUGCCUACUGGUGGAUAUGUUAGGUGUAAGUAAAUUAUAUUUUUAAUUGAUUUGAUGUUUAUUUUAAUAGGUUGAUAAUAGAGACCAUUUUAUGAUUUUUAUGAUUAUUACAAAAUAGAUAAAGAACAUAUUUCAUACUUACAAACGUUUAACAUAAAUAAAUGUUUUUUUUAUUUGAUAUCUCACGGCCUAUUAUUUUAUUAUGAAGAAAAAUUACUAUUUCUUCUGAAAAUAAUCACUAGUCGUUUUGAUGUUUAUAUUUAGUCCCUCACUUACUUAGAAUAUAGAUCUUAGCUUUCUUACUUACAAAACAAAAAAAAUAAGAGAAAUUACUACUGUAGUCUAAUAUACGAGAAAAAAAGAAGUGAGAAACGUGAGUCUGAAUCGGUUGCUAAAAAGAAGUAUUUUUAAACUCUUAUAUAGAGGAGAGAAGUAGAAAAAAUAAGAAGAGAAAUAUGAGUAUAAAAUAAGAAAAGGAAGCUUUAGUAUUUGGAAGACUACACGACAAUUUUAUAUAGAUGUAUGUAUUUAUUGAUGCAUGUAAUUAUUUGUAACUUUUUAAUAUAAUUAAUGUUGAUAUCUAAAAUGUAAUAAUUGAAAAUAGCUGCUUUAUCGACGGCGGGUUCCUAAUCAACUGUCUUGCGCACCUAUCUCGAUGGGAGGCUGCGUCUCUCUUACACACAAUUUUCAAAAACAAUCCCGAUGGAUGCUGGGGUAUACCAGAAUUUUUUAAAUCUAUAUUCCUCAAUACUUUUCCGCCUAGUGUAAAAUAUAAAUUCAAAGCUAAGGCCACUUUUAAGAAUGAAACCCUCGGCAGGACCCCAAAAACCAUCAAUGGUUGAUUUUCAAUUGAUAUUAUAUGUAUAAUUAGAUAAUGAUAUUACUAUUUUCUAUUAUAUACCUAUAUUAUCUGUGGAUGUUUUAAAUAUUUUAUACAUUAUGGUUUAUUCAACUUAGAAUUUGUGACGAAAAUACGAAUAUAGAUAUGAAAUUCUUGGUUGAAUAAAUACAUACUGUGUAUUUCUAUUAGAUGUAUACGUAUACCUACUAUCUUGAUGUUUGUAUAAUUAAAUAUAAAUAAAAAAAAAUAUUAUAUUGUUGUAUUAGAUCGAUGUGUUGAUUAAAAUGGACAAGUAAA